AUGAUCGACAAUCGGCAAAAAUUCAACGGUCACGUUGACUACUCGUGCGAAAAGGCAGCGAAAGCCAUCAGUGCACUGUCUAGGAUCAUGCCGAAUAACUUUGGACCAAGCAGUAGCAAGAGGCGCCUCUUAGCCAGUGUAUCAUCGUCGAUACUGCGGUUAGGCGGACCAGCCUGGAUUACAGCGCUCCAAACCCAGCGCAACAGAGCAAAGCUGAGAUGUACGGCUCGACUCAUGGCCAUUCGAGUCGUGAGCGCAUAUAGGACUAUCUUAUCUGAAGCUGCGUGCGUAAUCGCUCGGAUGAUUCCCAUCGACAUCAUCCUGAUGGAGGACUACGAGUGCUAUAGGCAAAAGGAGGUCAGAGGAAUUAGAAAGCUGAUGAGAGCAGAAUCAAUGGCUAAGUGA